AUGCGACUUUUGGAAAGCGUUUAUGAUUGUUAUGGACGUUAUGUUGCUAAACAUCCUAAGCCAUUUCUGCUUUUGCCGAUUAUUAUAACGCUAUUUGCAUCUAUUGGAUUGCCUCGAUUUCAUAUUAAUAAUGACAUUUGGAAUAUUUAUUCACCAAGAAAUGGGUUGUCUCGUGUAGAGGAAGAAGCGUUGAAACGUUUUGAAUAUGCUAGCGGUGUGCAUCAUUACAGAAUGCAAAUUUUGGUAAAUCGUAAAGAUGGCGGUAAUUUAAUGAAUGAUAACAAUAUGGAUGAGUUGCUAAAGAUGGAUAGAUUUAUAGUUAACAAUGUAACUAUUAGUAAUGGCUUCAAAAAUUUCGCCUAUCAUAACAUUUGCGGUAUUUAUUGCAAUGAGAGCAAUGAAAUAGUUCUUACCUUUAUAAAGGCGGCAAUCACUAUGAACGGUCGAUCUUCAUCAUCAUUAGCUUUUACAUUUCCAAAGGCGAGAAUAUUUGAGAAACGUAUUUUUGUGGGAUACUCUGUUGGUAAUUUGCAUUAUUCUAAGCAUGACUCAACAGUCGUUGAUGGCUUCAAACUCUUCAAACUUCAUUUUAUGAUAGAUAUAAAUCUUCCGAAUGGUAUAAGGAUUGCAAAAAAUUUUGAAUCACAAUUGCGAACAUUGCUUAAAUUGGCUACCUAUGAAUCAAAGGAUUUAAAAUAUGCUCUAUUCAGCAGAGAUCGUGAAAUUGAAGAGCAGAGUAAAAUAACGCUUGCUUCUUUACCAUUUCUGGGCGUAACUGCUUUAAUGCUAAUUGCAUUUAUGGUCAUGAGCUUGACCGAUUUUCCAUUUCGAAAUAGCCAACAUAUUGAGGCUAUUUGUGCGGUACUUUCACCAACAAUGGCAUUAGUUACUUCAUGGGGUAUUUUAUGGGGUAUCGGUUUACCAUUUUCUAAUAUUCUAACUGUUGUACCUUUUCUCGUUAUUACAAUUGGCGUUGAUGAUGCAUUUCUUAUAUUAGCUUCAUGGCGACAUUCAAACCCAACUUCUGAUCUUGAAACACGAAUGGGUGAAACGUUAACUCAUUCUGGUACGAGUGUUACAGUAACUUCUCUUACCGAUGUAUUAUGUUUUGUAGUUGGGCUACUUUCAAAUUUACCUAUUGUACAAUUAUUUUGUAUUUAUACUUCGGUCGCAAUUAUGAUUGACUUCAUUUAUCAGAUUACAUUUUUUACCGCCGUUGUUGCAUACAGUGGAAAACAAAGAAUGAAUCAUCUCAAAAAAAAAGCAUUAUAUUCUAAACAUAAUCUUAAAUCGAGAAAUGUCUUAAAUGGGUUGAAUUCAAAAAUUAAACAUAAAGAUUUGCAUAAACUAUACGCUGCUAACGUUGGUAUUACAAAAUAUUGUUUGAAUGGCGGCAAUUCUUUAUCGUUGAAAAUGUUGCAGAAAAUAUCGAAAAAAGAAAUUUUCUUACAAAAAUUUGUCAAUUUCCUUCAUUUACCACUUACAAAAUUCAUUGUUAUUGCAACAUUUAUUGUUCACAUUAUCGUAAUAUCGUAUCUUUGCACAAAAGUGAAUACAGAUUUUGAUAUGGGAAAUUUGUACUUGGAAAAUUCAAAUAUGAAUGCAAUUUCACGGCAAUUACAACGUUUUACUCUCAGUGAAGCAUUCAUCGUCAAUUUCGCUCUUUAUCCAAUGCCGGAUUUUACUGAUAUUUUCAUUCGAAAUAAAUUCGAUCGUUUAAUCGAAGAGCUGGAAACAAUACCAAAAUUUGGUAUGGGAUCAGAUGGAACUGUCUUGUGGACUAGGGAUUUUGCUGAUGCAGUAGCAUUUUGGGAUGAAGAAAGUAAUUUCUGGCAAGAAGACAAAUUACUUUCAACAUUUCGAAAGUACGAAAUGGAGGAAAAGUUUAUCACAACUGAAAAGAGAGAGAAUGGUGUGGAAGUAAUUUCCGGUUUCUUUUGGUUAAUAACUUAUCGUAAUAUGAACAACUUUCUUGAUGUACAAAAGCUUAUGCAACAAAGGCGAUCAAUAAUAUCGAAAUAUGCUAAAUUCUUCAAUGUUCGCUCACAUCAUCCAUUAGAAAAAGUUCCAACUGAAUCAGCAACAAGUGCAGCAACUAAUUUUAUUCAAACUUCAUUUUCUGCGGUGGUUUUAAUGUCAGCCUUAGUUUACUUAUUUAUUACUGACUUAUGUGCUGUAGCAGCCGUUGUUAUUUCCAUUCUAUCCAUUUGCUUUGGCGCACUUGCAUAUUUGCAUUUAUGGAAUAUACGAUUGGAUGCGGUCUCUCUGAUCAGUAUGCUAAUGAGUAUUGGCUUCUCGGUUGAUUAUAGCGCUCAUAUCUGUUAUCAUUAUCUUGCACAAAACAAUAAUAAGAGAUCGAAGGAACCCUGUCAUCAACCCAUUUCCAUUAUUGUUGGUUCCGAUGCAAAUGUCAGAGAUUUAUCGACUUUACCAUCAAUCAAUAGUGGCAAUCGUUAUAAUAGUUUGAGUACUGGUACUCGAGAAAAACUCCUCGUUACUUUCAAAUGUGUCGGAUGGCCUGUGAUUCAGUCGGGAUUCAGCACUUUAUUGGGUGUAUUACCUAUGAUUAUGGUGAAAGCCUAUGUGGUUGCUGUAUUCUGGAAGACAAUAAUAUUAUUAAUUAUAUUAGGAAUCAUCCAUGCAUUAAUUUUGUUGCCUGUAAUUUUAAUCAUUUUCAAUGACUUGGAAUGUUACAUGAAAAAGUUUCGUCGAUCAAAAUAA